AUGCCCCCUCGUAUCCUUGUUGAUCCCAAUGCUCUCAUCUGUCCCGAUUAUGCUUUAGACAUAUAUGCUGGGGCCCGCAAAUUAAUCGCGCCCGGAGCAGAAGUCGCGGAGGUGGCGCAACGUUUAGCCAACAUUUGGACAGCCGGGAACAACGUCGACAGGGGACUUUGUAACCAUCAGGUAGAAGCAGAUGCCAUCGCGGCAGCUGAUGCCGAAGCGCUCCUUCAAGCACAGGCCGAGCAGCAACGCCUCGAAGCCGAGCAGCAGGCGGAGGAAGAGCAUCGUGAAAGCGAGAAAAAGAAGCCUAAGGCACCAGAUUUCGACGAGGAAGCAUCCAUCCCGAACCACCCAGUCCUCCGGCCGCACCCCUUCGCAGUCAACAAACUGCGCCUCUUCGAGUAUGUAGAACUUUGGUAUUUCACUCGAGAUGGUUGCCUAGAUGCUACCAACCACCUACGCACCAUCAACGACGACGCCUUUGGCCUCAUUAGAUCCGAGGAUGGCCUCGCCUUGAGGUCCCUUGCAGCCACGCGCCCGUCCAAGAAAGCCAUCCCCGAUGACAAUCUCUCUUGGUAUCAAAUGUCCACCGCCAAGUCGACAUACAUUGCGGAGAUCGAGCGUUUAAACUGGCCGUUGAAGCACCGCCAAGCCAUACAGGAGUUUUUCUACGCCCUAGACAUGCAUCCUUACAGGAAUGCGCACGAGUACGGGGACACCAUCCUCUUGCGUUACCAAGCCUCCUCGCGCCGCCUCUGGCACGAGCAACUCAAGAUCCCAGGAGGGUCUUUUAACUUGCGACACAUCAACGAAACCUUGUUGGACCGCAUCGCCACAACCUACUUAAACGAACUGAAGUUUGCAUCCACCCAAAGGUCAGUCUUGAACCUCCUC